AUGAGCGCGACCAAGAAGAACGACAUUUUUGUGGCACUGGAUGACUAUGCCUCCCAACACAAGGGUGAACUCUCCUUUAGCAAGGGCGACAACUUUAAGAUUCUCAAAAACGCCGCGCCUGAUGAUGGAUGGUGGAAUGCACAGAAUCUGAACACGAAGAAAAAGGGCUGGAUCCCCUGCUCGCUGGUAGCCCUUGACGGCUCCCUGGAGUUGUUCGAUUGGUGUCAUGGUGCCAUUUCACGCAACGGCGCCGAUUACCUGCUUAAACAACACGGUAUUGAUGGCAUGUACCUUGUGCGCGAGUCUCAGAGCCAACCCGGACAGUACACGCUGGAUGUUUGGAAAGAGGGCAAGUCUGUUCACUAUCGCAUUACCAAAGGCGAUGAAGGCUACUUUUUUCGCCAAGGCGUUUGCUUUCCCACCAUUCCCGAGUUGAUUCAACAUCACCAGACCCGCUCCGAUGGCCUCUGCUCAAGCCUCGAUCACAUCGCCCCCAAGGCCCAUGCCAAGACGAUCGUCAUUGGCAUGGACAUGGAAAAGAAAUGGGAGCUCAAGCGCUCUGAAGUCAUUCUCGGGGAUCGGCUUGGUGGUGGCAACUAUGGUGAAGUAUUCAAAGGCAUCUACAACAACAAAACCGUGGCCAUCAAGACCAUCAAGGAGGAGUCGAUGGAAACGGUCGAGUUUAUGAAGGAGGCCCACGUCAUGAAAAAGCUGCAGCACCCCAACCUCGUCAAACUCAUCGGUGUUUGCAGCACCGAGCUGCCCAUGUACAUUGUACAAGAGUUUGUCCCUUACGGCGACCUUCUCUCGUAUCUCCGCCUCCCCCAAUCCCGCAUACAGCUGGACCAUGUCUCCAUGCUCUACAUUGCUCAACAGAUCGCCGAUGGCAUGUCCGCCCUCGAAGCCCAAAAUACCAUCCAUCGCGAUUUGGCUGCCCGCAACUGUCUCGUCGGUGAGAACCUGUCCGUUAAAGUUGCCGACUUUGGCAUGGGCCGAGUCGUGGAUGACCUGUACACGGCUCGCACUGGCACCAAGAUGCCGAUCAAGUGGACGGCCCCCGAGGCCCUCUGCUACGAUGCCUUUUCCGUCAAGUCGGAUGUCUGGUCCUUUGGCAUCACUCUAUGGGAAAUUGCCACGUUUGGUGAUGUGCCUUACCCCGGCCUUGAAGCCCGUGACGUUAUCAACCAGCUCGAGGGUGGGUAUCGCAUGCCUGAACCUCAGGACUGCCCGGCCGGUCUCUAUGAAAUCAUGACCCAAUGCUGGGCCCUUGAGUCACGCGAGCGCCCCAGCUUUUUCGACCUUCAACAUCAGCUCGAUGAUCUUCACAAAAACACAAAGGGCGAGGCAUCUGGAUCUAAGCUCGAGCGAACCAAGUCUCAAAUGGGCACCUCGUGGCGCAAGGGGUUUGAGGGAGACAAGAGUGUCGACAAAGAUUUGAUUGCUCAACUCAUUGAUCUUACCCGCGAGAUCUUCAGCGUGAGCCAGCAAUUGUUCCGCUACGGUACAGACGACACGUAUGGCGAAAUGGUGGAGAGUGUCAGCGCCAGCGUCAAGGCAUUGUUGCAGGUUGCAAAGAAUGUCAAAGCACUCGACAAGGUCACCUUGAAGAAACUCUCGGUUUCAGCCGCCGCGUUAGCCAAAGCUAAAACAAGCGAAAAGGCCAAGCCUUGUGCCGAGUCUAUUCGCGAUCUGGCCCGAGAACUCAACAAGGCCUCGCGUCUUCUUUAG